CGAACGGACCCUCUCGGUUAGCUGGUGCCUCGCCGCCUAUAAUUAUUUCGAUUUUGGCUGCUGCUGUCUCUUUUCUUUUCUUUUUUUCUUUGGUCCGGCCCAUUUCUAAGACGAUCUACCACUCAAAGAUCGAUCUGCCGUCAAAAUGAAUACGUCCGCGCCAGCCUCCUCCGCCCCGUCCGCUGCGCCCAGCGGCAGCAGCAACAACAGCAACAGCAACAGCAACAGCAACAGCAACAGCAACAGCAGCGGCAGCAGCAGCAAUGCUGCUCCGCCACCGCCUCCACCGCCGCCGGGCCCACCCCCGCCGAUUCCGCCACCGCCCCCCGGCCACCCGCAGCGGGUGACGUGCGACGCCAAGGGCCUCCCGGACCCACGGCGGGAUAUGUUCCUUUGCUGCUCCUGCCCCGAGGGCAGAGCGAACUGCUUCCGCCGGGCGGCGUCGUGCCCCGGCUGCGGGCACCGGGAAUGUCACCGGUGCGAUUGGUACCUGUGGGCUACGGCCCAACCGUGAGCGGCAGCCACAAGCCAGACACACUCGAGCCUAGGCUCA